UCUCCUCACUCGCCUCUUCUGAACAACACAACUUACCGGCAAGGCCCACACGGUGCUGACACCGUAUUAGACAUGAUUGGGAAACCAUUCAGACCCCCUUCUUUUGUUCGUCCAGAAUUGGCAGACAACGAGCCCGCUACAAAAAGACGUCGUGUAUCGUCCGAUCCACGCGCUUCAUCCCCCUCCAGCGAACGGAAACCUCUCACUUCAGUUGAGAAUCCUAUAACUCCGCCAAUCACACUGCCCAACCAGAACGAGCAAUACUAUACCGUUUUAUGGCGUAAAUACACGAACAAGAAGAACAAAACCUGGGAUGGAGAUGGUGUGUUGGCGGUCAUAGGAAGCUAUGCUACCCUGACUGAUAGCAACACGGGAAAAGAGAUAGGAAAGGCAGUGUGCAAUCGCCCUCUGCUUCCCGGAUCAGCACUAUCCCUUGGUGGAAAGGAACUCGAAGUCGAUGCUGUGCUCAAGAAGGAAGAGUACCUCUCUGGCCGUACCUUCUUGAAUGGAGGAUCAGCGCCACCCAAAGAAAAUUCGAAAAAUUCGAAAUCUGGUUAUAAGUCGCUAAACGCUUCUAAGGUGUCCUCACUACCAAAAACACUCGCUGCUAAACCCAAAAGCCGCAAAAGGGUCGUGGGAGAAGAUGAAGAAGAUGGCGAUGUUCCCGAAGUGACUCGUGCUACGGACAAGAAGCUCUUCAAGACGCCCUUGUUGUCCAGUACCGUGAUGCCAAAGAAUAACAGCUCAAAACCGCAACCUCGGCAUGAUCCGCACCAACCAAAUGCACUCGUCAUGAAACAGCCAUCGUCUGUCCCGAAAGGCAAAGAGAUUGUCGAUGUAGUCGUCGAUCCCAUACUUGGAAAACAUUUGCGCGACCAUCAACGCGAGGGUGUUAAAUUUUUGUAUGAAUGUGUUAUGGGUAUGCGCUGCGAGGGAGAGGGUGCCAUCAUGGCGGAUGAGAUGGGUCUGGGCAAGACACUACAGACGAUCGCUUUGCUUUGGACGCUCAUGAAACAGAAUCCUGUGUACGGAAGCCCACCUGUAGUUGGCAAAGCUUUAAUCGUCUGCCCGGCCGGUUUGAUUGACAACUGGCGUCGCGAAUUUCGCAAGUGGUUGGGAAAUGAGCGCAUCGGUGUUUUCGUUGCCGACGGAAAGAAUAGGAAGGUCACGAAUUUUACCAUGGGCAAAGCCUACAACAUCAUGGUCGUCGGAUACGAGAUGCUUCGUGUUGUACAAGAUGAUCUGAAGAAAGGGAAGAUUGAUAUUGUUGUCGCGGACGAAGGGCACCGCCUGAAGACGGCUAACAAUAAAGCUAUGCAAGCUAUACAGUCUCUAAGCACUGAGCGUCGGGUAAUUCUAUCAGGAACGCCACUUCAGAACGACCUCGGAGAGUUUUUCACCGCUAUAGAUUUCGUGAAUCCUGGUUUGCUGGGACAACGUUCGGCUUUCAAACGUACAUUCGAGGGCCCAAUUCUGAAGAGUCGGCAACCCGAAGCCAGCGAGUCCGAAUUAGAGAAGGGCGAGGCCCGUUGGCAAGAGCUUGUCACCUUGACCAGCCAGUUUAUGAUUAGACGCACGGCUGAGGUGCUCUCCAAAUACCUGCCUCCAAAAACAGAGCAGAUUGUAUUUUGCAAGCCGACCGCUGCACAGGCUGCAGCCUAUCGCAGUAUACUUGCUUCUCCAAUCUUUACUGCUGCUCUAGGGAAUACAGACAUGGCUCUUCAACUGAUCAACGUCCUCAAGAAAAUAUGCAACAGCCCAGCCUUGCUCAAGUCUAAGACAGAUACUGAAGACACGCCUUCAGAGAUGCUACAAUCGCUGUUCGCACUGAUCCCACCGAAGAUCCUAAAUUCCAAUGCCUCAAGCACAAAGCUGCGUGUAUUGGACAGCUUGAUCCACCGCUUGUAUACUACAACAGAGGAAAAGAUUGUGAUCGUCUCAAACUACACAAAGACUCUCGAUAUGAUUGAACGACUACUUAAUUCCCUUUCCUAUUCCUUCCUUCGGCUGGAUGGAAGCACGCCAGCCAACAAACGUCAAGCUAUGGUGGAGAAGUUUAACAGGACGGACAAGAAGACUGCAUUCGCCUUCUUGCUGUCCGCAAAAUCUGGUGGUGUCGGAUUGAAUCUUAUCGGCGCAUCUCGUAUCGUUCUGUUCGAUAUUGACUGGAAUCCCGCUACCGAUCUACAGGCCAUGGCACGGAUUCAUCGAGACGGACAAAAGCGACCCUGCAAAGUCUAUCGGUUCCUCGUACAAGGCGGGCUAGACGAAAAAAUCUUCCAGCGGCAGAUCAUGAAGAUGGGUCUGGCCAAUGCAGUUGUUGACAACAAAGCCAGCGCAUCAUCAUUCUCAAAAGACGAACUGAGGGAUCUCUUUCGCUUGGACGAGCGAGAGACAUGCCAAACGCACGAUCUUCUCCAGUAUAACUGAU